AAGACAAAUGAUCAGGCACCACCUUUGCCACCUGACCGUGCUUGCAAUGGAAAUUCCAGGGGCAUCAUCUUGGCGCUCCAUGGCCAUGUCGUCAACCUCACUGCUAAAGCGAUGCAGUGGCAUAGCACAGUCGCGAAAAGGGUGCCGCUACGACCCAGAGAGAGCCGGCAUCGGGAUUGUCUCGGCUAUUAUGGAACCAACCAAUGCACACCUACACAUCGUCGGGCCUCUCAUCCACACCAACGCACAUGAGAUCCUAGAGGUUACACUGCCAAACCUUAUUUGGAGCAAUAGGAGGCCAUUCCGAGCAGCCAUACUUUCAUGUGGUCUAUGCCGCAGCUGGAUCGGUAGUGGCACCGUCUACAUGUACAAAGGUGAGACGGGAUUCUGUAAACCGGAGUGUGUCAACGACUAUAUUGUGGAGCAAUUGGAAAAACAAACACGGAGGCUGAGGUGGUGUCAAAGAGAAAAGGUCCCACCAAUGGAGGACGAUAAGGAAGGCAAUCAGAGCUCCAUGUUCUUCACCUGCGCUGGUAGCCUAUGAUGCACCUACAUAUAUGUUUGAGAGAUGUAUGGGCUUAGAAGGACUGGAACCUAUUUUUCACAACUGUAUAACUUGGUGCUUUUGUAAGUAACAGAACACCUGAUGGUUAGUAAAUAGCAAUACACUUUUGACA